AUGCUCCAACUCAGCCCCGACCCUGGCUUUCAUUUUGAGCUGCUUCGCAUGCUCGCAACAACAAGAACACAAGGUUCAGACGUGGCCGAAAUCUUGAACGUCUGUGAGCGUAUCAUACCUGGAGAUUUUGAAAGCUGGUACAACGAAUUCGAUGCCUUGGCCAACUGGGUAGAGUCUACGGUCAGUGAAGACCGUGACUAUGACCGAGCCACCCUCCGAGAUGCUUAUCUCCGAGUUUCACGAUACCGCUUCGCCUCCUCCUUCUAUCUUAUAGGAGAUGUCAAAGACGAAAGGAACUGGACUACGUGGAGAGAAUGGACGAAAUACUUCGACAAGGCUGGACAAUUGAUGGAUAUUCCCCUCGAACGCCAUUCCAUUGAUACGGGCGAUUUCUCUAUUCCCUUGAUCCUAGCCCGUUGUUCUUUGGAUGACACUCCUCGUCCAAUUCUUAUUCUCGGCAAUGGCUUAGAUGGAUCUAUCGAGGAAAUGCUACACUUCCAUGGCCUGGCCGCCUUGGAAAGAGGAUAUCACGUCUUACUCUACGAAGGUCCAGGGCAGACCACUGUGAUUCGCGACCAGCGCAAGGGAUUCAUCCAUGACUGGGAAAGAGUUAUCACGCCAAUCGUUGACUGGUUGUAUCCCAAGAACUUCGUUCGAAGAGACGCUAUUGGCCUCAUGGGCGUUUCUCUCGGCGGAUAUCUAGCUGUGAGGGCAGCAGCUUUCGAGCACCGACUCGCUGCAGUGAUACUCAUCGACGGCAUCUUUGACGUGUCCUCUUCUGUGAAGGCCAUCUUCGGCGAGGAAGCAAUGAAGCACGACAACAAAGACAUCGACCAGUUCCACAAGGCGCUUGAAGCUCGGGGUCGGGAAAAUACAACAGCCCUGUGGUUGGCCAAUCAAAUCAAGUGGACCUUCAACACCGAUUCCGCACAUGAAGCUCUUCAACAAGUCAAGAAGAUGACUCUUGAAGGAAUUCUACAUCAGGUCAAGUGCCCUGUAUUUGUUGCAGACGCAGAGCAUGACUCACUUGUGGCAUCGAAUCAGCCAACAUUGGUAGCGGAAGGACUUGGAAAGCGAGCGACAUAUCGUAAAUUCACCAAGAAGGAGUCGGCAGAAGCACACUGUCAUCUGGGAGCUUCAGUAUUUUCCAACCAGAUUUUCUUGGAAUGGUUCAAGGAUCAGAUCAGACUGCCAAACUAG